AUGCAAAAAAAUGCAUGUUGGCACCAACUGACAAACUGCUUCGAAGUCUGUGAAUAUUCUCGUGAUUUUGCAACUGGGCCAUUUCAAAUGUCCACUUUUGCAAAUCCAGCUCACAUUUUAUGGCAAGAAAGGGUCGACAAAGAAAGGCAGUUAGCGAAGAGGCAAAUCAUCAAGCAUUUGGGCCUGAGCAUUCGCUGCCAAGAGACACCGCCAUUGCAUGACCUGCACAAGUGCAUGUCCAUGCCAAAAGGAGGAGUGAUGCGGACUCCGCAGAUCAUUGCUUCACCUGGGUCCAAAGGUAGACCCAAGACUGGACAAGUAGACCUCGACGAGAGGGCACCAUCGCUUCGAAGUGCUGAAGGAUUGAAUGAGAAGUGCGCAUCAUCCAGGAGCUCACUUACAGGCCUUACAACUGCCUCGCUCCGUCGGGAGGUGCACCAGGCAGUCGCUGCUGAGGUGGCCAGGAUCGUGGAGCCGCUGAAGGAAAAACUCCAGACAGAGCAGACUGCAAGGCAACGGCUGGAAGGCAUGCUGCGAGUUGCCCAAGGAAAAGAGGGUCCAUGA